GGAAAAAUAAAGAGUGCAGAACCUAUUAGUCCAUCUAUUUAUUAUCCCCAUUUAUCCCUUUCACAACUCUGCCCCCUUUUGACCUUAGCCUCCCUUUCUCCUCUUGAUCAAUAGUUAACCAGAGAUUCAGAGAAUGAAGAUCCAGUGUGAUGUCUGCAAUAAGGAGGAAGCCUCUUUCUACUGUGUUGCAGAUGAUGCUUCUUUGUGCAAGGGAUGUGACCACAAAGUCCACUAUGCUAACAAAGUUGCUAGCAAGCACCACAGGUUCACUCUUCUCCACCCUCCUGCUGCAGAACAUUCCCCUCUCUGUGAUAUUUGCAAGGAGAGGAAGGCUUUCUUGUUCUGCCAACAAGACAGGGCUAUUCUGUGCAGAGAGUGUGAUGCUUCUAUACAUAAAGUCAAUGAGCAUACCAAGAAACACAGCAGGUUUCUUCUCACUGGAGUCAAGCUCUCUGCCACCUCUGAUGUCUACUCCUCCGCUUCAGAUUCUGCUAAAACCGCCACUGCUCGUGUAGGAUCUGUUCUUAAUCCGAAGCCUCGGGUCUCCUCAAAAAUGGCAUUUUCACCCGGCCGGAUUCCGAAGAUUGCAAAAACUUCUGCACUUUCAAACUUCCAGGCAACUCCAAUGGCAGCACCAGCAGAAACCAAUCAUGGUUUGACUAGCAGCAGUUUAUCAGAGUAUUUGGAGAUGCUGCCUGGCUACCAUGUUGAAGACCUGCUUGAUUCAUCUCCCCCUUAUGGUUUGUAUAAGAUGGGUGGAAAUGGUGUGAUGCCAUUCUGGGAAAAUGACAUUGAGAGCAGCAUGUGCUCUAUCUCCUCAGAAAAGGAUGGGGUUUCGGUCCCACAAGCAUCUUCUCAUCAACACAAGCAGACCCAAACUAUCCCCACUGCCUUUGGUGGAUCACAAUUUGGGUUCAGCAGAAAGUGGACAGAUGAUAACUGUUUUGCAGUUCCAGAGAUGAGAACUUCUUCAACUAGCCUCAAAAGAUCAAGAAUAUUUUGGUAGUUGAAAGUCCAUUAAUGAUUGGGAAAAAUUUGGAUCUGCACCCUAUGUUUAUUUUUAAUUAAACACUGGACCCAUAUUUUAAAUAUUUUUUGAUGGGCAACCCUAAGCUCCAAAAGUGUAAUAAAACUCAAAUAUUUAAUCUGCAGUUUAUGGAUGAAAAGUCAAAGAAUAGUAAACUGUUUUUGGAGCUUUGGAGUGUAAACUCACAGAAAUUAAAAAAUUGGGGUUCAAUAUCUAUUAUCAAACUAAACAUGUGGUGCAAACUCAAAUAUUUCUUUAGUUAAUUACUCUUUCGGUCUCCAAGCUUUUGCUCUUUUUUUUCGAUUUCUCUAUAGGGAAUUUGAUAUGGUUUUUGUGUGGUAAUUUUGGGUAUGUUUUGCUCUUGUAACAAGUCCUCUUUGUUCAAACUUAUCUUAUGUAUCCCACGUUACAUAUCUCAUCUCUUUUUGUGAUUAAAUGAGUUCAUAUCUCAUCAUAUUAAUACUGUUAAGAUUCCC